AUGGAGCGGCCAUUAAUUUCCGCGCGCGCAACUUUCAUUCCCGGUGGACGUGAGUCACGGUUGACAGGAUGGCAUGGGUUAAUCUUGGCCGCCCCGCACGCCGCCAGGAAUGGGAGGAUGACGAAAACCCACUUGGACAAACAUGCCUCGUGGGAAAAGGUCGGAGGCAUUCAUGCGACGGCUCAAUGCCUGGCCUGA